AUGUCUUCAAGCGACCCUCCGAAGGAGUAUACGACCCGAGCUUGGCUCGUCAUUAUGGGGGCGUUUACCUGUGCAUUUUGCACGGUGGGCUUUCUAAAUUCUUUCGGUAUCUUCGAAGAAUACUAUGCUUCCAAUCAGCUAGCAGGUAGCCCGCAGUCAACAAUCGCAUGGCUCGGAGCUAUCUCGAUAUUCUUCCUCUUCCUCAUCUCCGCGGUUGCCGGAGCCUUGCUGGAUGCCUUCGGGCCAACCAUCUUAGUUUGUACCGGCUCCCUCGGCACAGUACUUAGCGUGAUGAUGACCUCCCUCUGCCACCAAUUCUGGCAGUUCUUCCUCGCCCAGGGCGUUCUCUUGGGCAUUUCCAUGUCCCUGGUAACAUGGCCCUGUCUCGGCCUGGUAGGCCAGUACAUCAAGCGCAAGCGGGCGGUCGCAAUGGGGAUUGUCCUCGGAGGCUCGUCACUCGGCGGUAUUGUCUGGCCGAUCGCGAUCAACCAACUGCUGCAGAAACCGAAUAUCGGGUUCGGAUGGACUAUGCGCAUCGUGGGAUUCAUCAUGAUUCCUCUGUUGGCGUUUACUUGCAUCGUCUGCAAGUCACCACCGCCUCCUCCUCCUCCCACACGUGAAGAAGGCGGUAGCAUGAAGAGGACGGAUGGCGAUGUGGAAAUUCAUGAGAAGGGCAGCCCUACUCGCAAGGAGGAAAUCAAGGUUCUUCUCAAGCAGCCCGCUUUGCAGUUGACUUGUGUGUCGAUGUUUGUUAUCUAUCUCUCGAUGUUCUCGCCGUUCUUCUAUGCCACCUCCUACGCAACGAAAAUGGGGUUCUCUAGUGAACUCAGCUUCUACACCGUGUCGAUCGUCAACGGGGCGUCUUUCUUCGGUCGCGUGUUGCCGGGGUUACUCGCGGAUAAAUAUGGAAAAUUCAACUGCUGCAUCGUUUCGACGAUUGCAGCGGGCAUUGUCGCGCUGUGCUGGACGAAAGCCACCACGGUCGCGGGGUUGGUUAUCUGGUGUGCUGCUUAUGGAUUCGCCUCGGGUGGCAUUAUAUCACUACAGCAAGCAUGUGCUGCGCAGGUCUCUACCCCUGGGACCUUGGGCCUGUCCAUCGGGACUGUUGUUGGCUCUUCUGCGUUCUCUGCUAUGGCAAACGUUCCAGUGAGUGGUGCCCUAGCGGAAAAGUACGGCUACCUGGCACUGUCCCUGUACUCUGGAGUUCCCCUUCUGAUCUGGUUGAUUGACCCAGCCUGCCUACGGGUAUACGAGAAAACCGUGACCUUUGUCCAUAAUCAUCUGCUUCAGAUAGUUCAGGACUUUCCUCAAGCAGCAUAG